UGCCACCCGCGCCCGGCGCCCCCUGCCGGCCGGGCGGACCGCCUGCAGCCGCCCGGGGUCCUCGCACACUGAGGUGUCCACGCCAGUGCCGGGCCGCCCCGGCGCGGUCUCCUCGCCGCCCGACUCGGCCGCGGCGGCUCCAGCGGACUGAGGUGCUACAAUUGAAAAUGAGUACGCAAGCUCCUUCUCCCCAGUACGUGCUGGGUCUGGAUAUCGGGACCAGCUCAGUGAAGGUGGUGUUGUUGGAAGCUGGGAGCCGUGCUGUGAUUGACAGCCAGACCCAGGAAACCAGGGCAGAGGUCAGCAGCCCAGAGGGAGAGCAGGCCCGGGAGCAGGAUGUUGGUAAGAUCGUGUCUGCCCUUCACCGCUGUGUUACAGCACUGCCCAGAGAACGUCUCCGUAGAGUGGGAAGGAUUGGAGUGUCGGGACAGAUGCACGGAGUUGUGCUAUGGAAAAGCAAGGAAGGAUGCAAGUGGCAGAGGACUGAUGCAGGCUUCACCUUCCAGCCUGUGGAGACAAGUCACCUGGUCACGUGGCAAGAUGGUCGGUGCCACCGCGAAUUCCUCGCCUCCCUCCCGCAGCCCGACUCCCACCUCAGACUUGCCUCUGGCUUUGGCUGUGCCACCAUUUACUGGUACAUGAGAAACAGACACCAGUUUCUGCAGAGCUAUACUGUGGCAGGGACCAUCCAUGACUACGUUGUUGCUGCCUUGUGUGGGCUCAAGAAACCUCUGAUGUCAGCCCAGAAUGCUGCCAGUUGGGGAUACUUCAAUACCAGAUGUGGCACGUGGAAUCUGCAAAUAUUAAAGGACUCCGGCUUUCCCACAUGUUUGCUGCCUGACGUUGUGGAAUCUGGUUCAAUUGCUGGAAAGACAACACAUGAGUGGUGUGGUGUGCCAGAGGGAACGGAGAUUGGUGUGGCCCUGGGCGAUUUCCAAUGCUCCGUCUACUCCUGCAUGACAGAGGAGACAGAUGCAGUUUUGAACAUCAGCACUUCUGCCCAGCUGAGCUUUGCUCUGACACGUGACUUCCAGCCACCAGAUCGUCCAGACCCCACCAGCAGCAUUGCAUACUUCCCGUACCUGGAUGGGAUGUAUCUGGAAGUGGCAGCUGCCCUGAAUGGUGGCAACGUACUGUCCACCUUUGUUGGGAUGUUGAAGCAGUGGAUGCAGGAGUUCGGACUGGAGGUGCCUGAUCCUACCAUCUACACCCAAACAAUAAACUCUGCGUUGAGUGUUGCUGACACUGACCUUGUAGUGCAAGCCACCGUGUUUGGAGAAAGACACUUGCCCAGCAGGCUGGCUUCAGUCACCAACAUCUCCCCGUCCAACCUCUCGCUGGGCCAUGUGACGAGGGCACUGUGCCGUGGCAUCGUUGACAACCUGCACGCCAUGCUGCCAUGCCAACGGCUGGCUGAGUCAGGGGUGCGGAGGAUCGUGGGCAGUGGGAGUGCGCUGACCAGGAACCAGGUACUGAAGCAGGAGCUGGAGAAGGUUUUCACGCUUCCCGUUGUCUAUAGGGAGACUGUCGAUUCUGCAGUCGGUGUUGCUAUGGUGAUGCUUGACCGGAAGUAAAGGGGGAGAAGAAACUAUGAAAAUGUGGGAAGACAAUUCAGUGUCCAGUGGGAAUGUGUGUAUAGCUGACUGUGGUAUUUAGCUCCCUAUUAAGGGAAGGUUGCACAGGGGCAUCAAACCCAGCUGUCACUUGCAUUGCAUAGUCUGGGUAUAACUGGCCACUGAAAAGGCUGAAUGUAAUUGCAGAGAUUGGUAUUGACCCAGCCCAUCUUUCCCCUCAGUGAUGUUGACUUGGUUUGGAUGGUGAAGGCAGCCCAGAGAUGUACUGGAGAGGCAACACCGUAAGUUGCUGCCUCGCUUUCUUUUAAACAUUCAUAUGACGUGGGCAUCGCACUUAUUGCCCGUGAGAAGGUGGCGAUGAGUUGUCCUUUUGAACAGCCGCAGUCCUUCUGGUGAAGGUGCUCCCACAGUACUGCUGGGGAGGGAGUUCCGGGAUUUAGACGCAGUGCCGGUGAAGGAUCAGCGAUGGGUUUUCGAGUCAGGAUGGUGUGUGACCUGGAGGCAAACCUGCAGGAAGAAGCAGAUAGAUCCAAACGGAGCCAGUGCUGCUCCCUGUGGAAAUGCAAAGAAAGCAAAAGGCAGGACUAGCUUGCUAGAAUUUUUACAUCGACCAUCUAUUCACACUGCGGAGCAACAUUUAUUUCUAUGGACCUGAACUUCUCUUCCCUUUGCAGACCCAUGCAGCCAUGGUCUGUGUUGUUUCCACCCCCCCCCCCCCCCCCCACAGUGUAAGUAUCACACUUUCCCAGGACCAACUGCUGUCCAUCUGACCUGCAGAAGUGUGCGAUGGACAGCGCGGAAUUCUGUGCUGAUUCCUCCCAGCUCCAGCUGUCCUGCCUCAGUUCCAUGUCACUCCUCCUUCAUCCAGCAUCACUUCCAAAAUUUGGCCAUGCCACGUCUGCCACAGUCCUGCCUGAAUCCUGCAUCGUUCUGCUCGUGGAAGAGCAAAUUGCAUGUUAAUUCCCAUUUUCGUACUUUUGAGUCAUGUAUGGGGACCAUAGAAUCAUUAUUUAAUUGUCUGUUUAAGGGAGAACUUACAAAUAAAAUGU